GCUCUGUAGUCGCUCAAGUGAAGUGCGGGCGGAGAGCGGUCGUAGUACCAGAAACGUCAUGGCCAGGAAGAAAUAGGAGGCUUCGCUGUUAUGCGGCCCCAGAAGCUGCCUAAUCCUUUGCGGCCCUCUCGUUCGAUCGAGCUUCUAAAAUCAUCCUCAGGAGCCUGCCAGAUAGCCUGAGUCCUUCAUCGGGGAACAUCAUAUUGGAGGCGGUUGUUGAAUUAAGAGAACAAAGGCAGUUGGAGUAAGAACAGGAAACGAUCAUCAGACAAAUUACUUGCUAACUCCUUAAUCUAGACAUAAAAGGCCAUGAUUCCAACAGGCUGUAAAUAAGAAACACGCACCCAACAAAGGUUUACCAUCACCUAGAAAAUGUUUCAACCUACAUCCAAGUCACAUUCCUGAUGAAAAGAAUUAAUCGUUAUGAACUGGGAUCAGAAAAGUUGCACUUAUGUUUCUUUUACGUGUAGCUUUUUAAAAGAAAACAGCUUGGUUAGAAAGGAGAUCUGGCUUGCUGAUGCUACAAAAGCUAGUACCUCAGGGCCUCAGAAUUAAUUUAGCAAUUUUGCUAAAAGAAAAGCUGAGUGAUUUUGAAAUUGCACUUGCCCAGAUAAAUCCUGGGAAUGAGGAAAUACUCAAUUUGGAGAGUCUGGAACCUACUUCUGACCCAAAUGAGAAUUAUACUUAGAUCAGUCACUACCAGAAAACUGGCUAUUCUACACAAGCAAUGGAACAAGAACUUAUAAAAAGAAUAAUUUCUGAAAAAAAUGUGGUGGACAAGUCUCUUCAAACAGAUAGCAAAGUGAGCAUUUUUAGACGGAAAGAAAUAAUGGAUGAAAGUGAGCAGACAAAUAUUUCUGCAAGGACAAGUAGUGUAACACCUUUUAAGAAACAAUUGCAGCCCAACAGUCCUCAACUUCAAGACCAAGAAUCCUAUUGUAAUAAUCAGCAGCCUGUUGCUUACCAGCCUUUACAAACCCCAAAGUCUUUUCAAGAGGGCUUUGAACAGGAGAUUAUUUUUCCUGAAAAGACAAAAAUAAAAAAAACUUGUAUGCAAGAAUCUGGCUAUGCAACUGAACAAGUAGAAAAGCAUGAUAGUCAGCAAAUAAAGACACAAGUCUCACACCUUUGUAGCCAAGAUUUAAAUAGACUGGAAUCUCCACACAGCAAUGAACAAGCCAUUUGUGUUCAAAAUCUACCAAGCAAAACAUUUUCUCAGGAACAGCCCUUGAACGAAGCAGAUUUAAUGAAAGAAAGGACUUUGAUUAGUGAAAGAACAAGUCAGAGGAUAUCUAGCUAUCAACAAACUAGUAUUGCUUGGGGCCCAGAAACACUUGCAGAACUUUUACUUCCUUUUCAUCAAUCCAUGAUAAACAAUUCAGAAAAAGAAACAUUACAUACUGAAACAUUGUUAACAUUUUCUGGGGCUUCUGAAAUGAAACCUGUGUUACAAGAAUCUCAACAUAGUACGCAACAGCUACAAUGGCAAGAAUUAGAACAAAUUUCUCAAAGGGAUAUAGUACAAGAAUCUUGGCACUGUAUUCAGCCUCCAGAUGGACAAGAAUCGAGGAAUAGUCAAUCUGUGACUGUACAAGAAUCUCAGCACAGUAUUCAGCAGCCAGAAGAGCAGGAAUCAAGGCGAGAUAGUCAAUCUGUUGCAGUACAGGAUUCUUGGCAUGGUAUUCAACAGCCAGAAGGGCAAGAAUCAAGACGGGGCAGUUGUUCUGUUAUAGUACAGGAAUCUCAGCACAGUAUUCAGCAGCCAGAGGGGCAAGAAUCCAGACGAGGUAGUCGAUCUGUUGCAGUACAGGAAUCUUGGCAUGGUAUUCAACAGCCAGAAGGACAAGAAUCAAGGCAAGGUAGUCAAUCUAUUGCAAUACAAGAAUCUCAGCAUCAUAUUAAAAAGCUACGGGGGCAAGAAUCAAGGAAAGCUAGUCAACAAGCUGCAGUACAAGAAUCUCAGCACAGUAAUCAAAAGUCAGAGGGACAAGAAUCAAGGCGAGGUAGUCGAUCUCUUGCAGUACAAGAAUCUCGGCGCAAUAUUCAAAAGCUCCAGGGACAAGAAUCAAAGCAAGAUAGUCAACAGACUGCGGUACCAGAAUCCCAAUAUAAUAUUCAAGAGCCAAAAAUAUCUAGAGUAUGGCAGGAGACCCAACUAAGAGGCCAACAAGUAGAAUCAGAAAAAACAAAAUCAGAGGAACAAAAAAUAAAGCGACGUAGAAAAAUACGAAAAAUUAAAAUUGACCAAGCUCAGCAGACAGAUAGUGCUCAGAGUCUGAAAAGAGAGUUGCUUGAAAAAGGUUUACAGACUGAUACAGUUAGCAUUGCAAAAAUUAGAACACAAUUAGGAAUGCAAGAAUCUCACCAUGGUAGUCAUCAGUAUGACUUGCAAAAAGCAGAUAAGCCUGUUAUUUCAGACCUCUGCACUGACAGUCUGCCAGAAAAAGGGCAAGAUUUUGGCCAAGGAAGCAAGCCAGUUGACAUUACAGAAUUUCGCUCUUCCAGUCUACCAGCCAAUUUACCAGACUCUCUCUAUGAUAGCCAGCAAACUGAGGUGCAAGAAUUUCGUCACAAUAGUUUCCCUCAAGAAGAUCGACAAGUUCGUCACAGCAGACCAUCAGCUGGGUUAAAAGAAUUUGAAUACGAUAGUCAUCAAUUUAAAAAAAAAGAUAAUCAAAGUGAUAUGUUAUUUGAACUGAAGCAAAAAUCACAGCAUGGUAGCCUAGGGACAGAAAACAAGAUUGAUGAUGCAAAGGAGCCCCUUGUGACUAUCACUUCUGAAAAUAGGACAGUGCCACUGAAACAAAAGAUGUCAUUUGGUCAACAGACAUACAGCAUCAUUUCACUGGAGGAAACUACUUGGUUAAACCGAAGAUCUGGCAAAUUAAUGCAAAACCAGAGUCAACAGACUAAUGAUAGUUGGCUUCAGAAUUAUAGAGAGAAAAAGCAGAAACUUGCCAGUAAAGAAGCACUAUCAAAAAGUAAUGAGUCUGGGGUUCAAAAAUCUCAAAGAAUUAGUUCAGAGUCAGAGACUAAUGAACAGUAUACUGCAUUUGAGAUCAAAAUAAGCAGAGAACAAGGUGCUGUGCUUGAGUCCCAUGAGAAUAGUAAGCACUACCCAAGUUUAGAAUCCCAAAGAAGCAGCAAACAGCUUAUAUCCCUUGAAACCCAGAAAGCAAGUGAACUGCCUGCUAAAACAGACUCGUGGGAAGGUAAACAAUCUUUUGUUCCUGAAUCUCAAACAAAUAGUGAACAGAAGGUUGGUGGCCAGGUCACCAUUCCGGAAUAUCAAAGGGAUAACAACAAAUGCAUGAUCUCAGAGUUCGGGAAAGGUAGACAGGUAUCUGCUGCCCCAGAAUUCCAAAAAGGCAGUGAAGAGCCCACUUUAUCUGAAUCCCCAAAGGUCACUGAAUACCCAACUCCCCCUAACUCCCAAAGGAGCAGUGAAGAAACUGUUUUUCCUGUAUCUGAAAGAUUUAGUGAAAAAUGUACAGUGUCUGAAUCCUUGAGAGCCAUUGAAGAACCUGAGUCCCAGAUAACUAACGAGUCACCUAACAUACAGCUUCAUAGGACUAGUGAACAGCCUUUUGGAAGUGAAUCAAAAACCAGUGAAUUAUUUUCUGAGAAAUGGGAGACCAGUGGACCAUCCUUGAUUAAAUCCCAGGGAAUAGAAUUUUCCAACAUGCCCCAUUCCCGCAGGGUAAGUGCACCCCCCAGCAUAUUACAGUCUCUGAACUCUAAUGAACUACCCAACUUGCCCCAGUCCAGGAGAGCCAGUGAAACACUCAUAUCCCAGACGAUUACUGAAUCACAUCUUGUAUAUGGGUUCCAGAAGGCAAAUCUUCUCCCAGUUUCUGAGUCCCAGAGGGACAGUGAACAAGCCCUUUUUCCAGAGCCUCAAAUAGGCAGUGAAUAUCCCCCUUUGCUUGACUUUUUGAAAGGCAGCGGACAGUCUGCUAUUCCAGAACCAUCAGAAUGUAAUGAACAGCCCAUCUGCCCUGAGUCCCAGAAGUUUGGUGAACCUGCUGUAUCUGAGUCCCAAAAUAAUGGUGAACAGCCCACUAUUCCAGAAUUCCAAAGAGACAGUGAUCACCCAUAUGAGCUUGAAUUCCCAAAGGGCAGUGAACAACUUACUGUAUCUGAGUCCCAAAGGGAUAGCAAACAGCCUGCCAUCCCUGAAUCCCAAAGGAACACUGAAUCAGUGAGAGAAUCCAGGUGUAGGAGGGACAGUGUGAAGCUUGAUACAUCAGAAUCUCAAAGGUUCACUGAAUCACUCAUCAUGCUCAAAUCCCAAACAGAUAGUGAACAAACCAUCAUGCCUGAGUCUUGGAGUGUUAGCCAACAAUCCAUUACAUUACUGCCUGAAUGGGAAAGUAAACAACCUGCUGUGGUAGAGGCAGAACUUCAACUGGUUGCUGAUAAAGUGAACAAAGUAGCUGGGGAUAAUACUCUUGAAAGUGUCAUAAAUAAUUCAAAACAAAAGUCUUCAUUUGCUUCAAAGGCUCAGCAAACUUACAGCAUUAUUUCAGUUGGAAUGAAUACCUGGAAAAACAGAAGAACUGGUAAAAUAAUGACAUGUAGCAGUCAACAAACUGAAAGAAGUUGGCUUCAGGAGCAUAGAGCAAGAAAAGUAAAUCUCACAUCUAAGGAAAGUUUUUCUAGGAAUUCCAUGCCUGAAGAAAAAAAGACUGAAUUUGAUAAAAUACAUCGUGUUGAUGAUGACAGAAAGAAAAUUGUAGCACAGCAAGAUACUUGUAAGGAUGAGUCUCAGCCUGAGAAUCAGAUGGCAGCAGCAGCAGCACUGAUUAAAGAAAAAGAACUAAUAUCUUUUGAAGGUAAUGAAGCAGAAAAAGAACUGCAAGAGUCCUACAAAGAUGAACCCACUGUGGGAAACCAACAAGAGAAGUUGCUGCAGUCCCAAAGAGGAAGUCUACAGGAGGAUGCUUUAAUAGAUGGAGUUCCAAAGCCUGAGUUACUAGCUUCACAACAAUCUGGCCAAGAGGUAGUGAUGGUGGCAUCCAAAGUAGCCGAGGUGGUGAAAUACUGCCAACCUAGCCAGCAUGCAGACUUGCCAUUCCAACAUGCCAGUCAACAGCCAGAGGUGACAACAUCCCAACCAGCUAGCCAGCAAACAGAAAUAGCAGCAUCCAAGCAGGUUAGCCAGCAGGCAGUGUUAACAUCAUCUCAACAGGCCAGCCAAGAGGCAGAAGUACCAGCAUCCCCAAAAGCCAGUCAGCAGACAGAAAUAUCUCAAAAUGAGAGCAAACAGGCAGAGGUACCAGCCUCCCGACAAGCCAGCCAGCAGAUAGAUACAUCUCAACAGGCAGAAGAUAUAUCACCCCAGCAGGCCAGCCAACAGCAAGAAAUAAUGGCCUCUGGACAGGAAGAAGGGAUGACUCUCCAAAUAACCAGCAAAUUGGAUGUGGAGCAGGAACUCCAUCAAGGAAGUAAGCAGUCAGUGAAACAUGAAUUUCACUAUAAUGACAUCCUUUGGAGCACACCCUCAAGUGAUGCACAGCAGUCUUAUGAGUCUGCAAGUAGGAGUACCCUUGACAGUUCAUCAUCAUAUGUAGAGGGGGAAGAUGAAGCUCUGCAGACAUAUAGCAGAAUUUCUCUAGAAAAUGAUUUCUGGCUAAAUAGAAAAACUGGAAAAUUACUGAUAAAUCAUGGCCAGCAGACAAGUAUGAGCUUGCUUAGUAAAACAGCUUUGGAGAACAAUAGAAAUUCUGCAGGUUGUCCCAAAGCACCCAUAUCUGAUGUGAAAUUGAGUGAAGCAAAAUUUGGUCAGGAAACCUGCAGUAGCAACAAACCAUCUGAAAUUGCUGUAUCAGAUCUCAGCAUUCAGCCAUCUUGGGAUGAAGUGCAGAGUAUUGAUGAAGUUGAGCAAGUGCUAGUUUCUCAUGUAAGUAGGAAUAUGUUGAGUGCACAAUCUUUAGCUUAUAUAGAGGUGGAAUAUGAAACCGCGCUCACUUAUGAUUCAUUAUCCAUGCCAAAAGGAAGCUGGAUAAAUCUUAAAACUGGCAAAGUGCUAGCAUCUCAUUAUCAACAAACAGAUGAAUCAUCCUUUGAGAAACCUAAGGAAGACAUUCAAUCAGUUCGGCAUCCUAGCUAUACACCUGAGCUGAGUUAUUAUGAUCUAAGUGAUAGACCGAUAAAUGAAAGUUCACAACAAAGCUAUAGUGAUGCACAUAUGGAAUCUGAAAUGCCUGAUGGAUAAGAUGUUUGCUUUGAAGUAAUUAAGACUAAGAGAUAGACACUUCUGCUAUGAAAAAGAAAUCUGGAAUUUUGGUGGAUGGUGGUUGGAGCACACAACAAAGGAUGAUAGUGAAAUAAAAUAAAAUAAAAAAUGGGGAAAAUUGCUUGUUAUGGUUCAUCUGGUUCAGGGAUAAAUAAUCAUUUUUAUGGCUCUAUGCCAGUGGUUCUCAACCUGUGGGUCGGGACCCCAUUUGGGGUCAAAUGACCAUUUCACAGGGGUCGCCAAACCACGCUGUCCGCCAUUUUUUUCCCUUUUCCCUAGCUGUCCUACUCCCUCUUAUUGGUGGCCACACCCAUUUGGGGUUCACCACAACAUGGGGAACUGUAUUAUGGGGUCACGGCAUUAGAAAGGUUGAGAACCACUGCUCUAUGCCUUUUCCUCACUACUUUAUAGGAGACACUGUAGACAGAAGUUCAGCUGUUUAUAAAUAUGCAUUCAUCACUUGCUAGUUACAAAGUGAUGAGUUGCAUAUCUGAAUGAGCUUUUCCAAGUCAAAUACCAUGAUAGAAUUAUUAUUAUUAUUAUUAUUAUUAUUAUUAUUAUUAUUAUUAUUAUUAUGUUGGAAGGGACCUUGGAGGUCAUCUAGUCAACUCCCUGCUCAGGCA